AUGUCGGUAGCAGUGGGCACGAGCAUUGAUGCGCACGUCAGCAAGGUCUUUCAGGAGAUGAAAGCGCACUCGCUUCACCGAUUCAUCAUAGCAAAGAUCACACCUGACUGGACCACUGUGGAGAUCGAAUAUCCGCCAAAGCCGUCGCCGGAGCUGCAGCUGGCGUGCGACAUGCUGGAGCGAGGCAAGCACAGAGGCUCAGCUGAGGCCUCUUCGCACGAUGACGACGAAGCCAUGGCCGAGUUGAUCGGACCCGAGCUGGCCGUACUUCCGCCCGAGAUCUUCACCCACGUGCUCGAGUUCUGCUCCGCCAAGUCCCUCACCGACUUGGCCGCCACGUCGUCUUACUGGCGCAAUCGCGUCGUCUAUGAUCGGGACCUGUGGCAGAAGAUCUCCGACAAGGAGCGACAGAAGCUGGGUAUGGGAUGGAACCAAAGCUGGGAGGACAUGACAUCCAAGCUGCCGCAAGAUGACUGCCGCUUUGUGGUCUACAUGUGGGAGCGCGACCCCAAGCGGUUCAUCCCGCUCUUCAUCAUCUGGGCGCCCGAUGGCAGUCGCGUCAAGGCCAAGAUGAUCUACUGCUCCACGGCCUACACCCUCAAGUACGGCUUCUUGGCACUUGCCGCGGCGGUGAAUGGGGCGUGGCUGCGUCUUCUCGACGUAGCUGCUGAAGUGCAGGCGACGUCGUUUGAGGAGCUCAAUGCCGCCUUUGUUGAGGACACCCUCAAUGUCCGUGGGUCGGUGUAG